AUGUCAGUCUACGACGUCCUCAAAACUAAGUCCGGUGUUAUCUACGGUGACGAUGUCCGUCAACUCUUCUUGCACGCUCAAAAGCACGGCUACGCUAUCCCAUCUAUUAACGUUACUUCAUCAUCCACUGUUGUUGCUGCUUUAGAAGCCGCCAGAGACUCCAAGGCUCCAAUUAUCUUACAAACUUCUCAAGGUGGUGCUGCAUACUUUGCUGGUAAGGGUGUCAAGAACGGUAACCAGGAAGCUUCCAUUGCUGGUGCCAUUGCUGCUGCCCACUACAUCAGAGCAAUUGCCCCAACCUACGGUAUCCCAGUUGUCUUACACACUGAUCACUGUGCCAAGAAGUUAUUACCAUGGUUCGAUGGUAUGCUUGAAGCUGACGAAGAAUGGUUCGCCAAGAGCGGUACCCCAUUGUUCUCCUCCCACAUGUUGGAUCUUUCUGAAGAAACCGAUGACGAAAACAUUGCUACUUGUGCCAAGUACUUCAAGAGAAUGGCCAAGAUGGGUCAAUGGUUAGAAAUGGAAAUCGGUAUCACCGGUGGUGAAGAAGAUGGUGUUAACAACGAACACGUUUCCAAGGACUCCCUUUACACUGCCCCAGAAACCGUUUUCGCUGUCCACGAAGCUUUGUACCCAAUCUCCCCAGAUUUCUCCAUUGCUGCUGCCUUCGGUAACGUUCACGGUGUUUACAAGCCAGGUAACGUCCAAUUGAAGCCAUCUAUCCUUGGUGAACAUCAAAAGUACGCACAAGAAAAGACCGGUUUUGAAUACAAACACCCAUUAUUCCUUGUCUUCCACGGUGGUUCAGGUUCCUCCCAAGCUGAAUUCGAUGAAGCCAUCAAGAAUGGUGUCGUCAAGGUUAACUUGGAUACCGAUUGUCAAUACGCUUACCUUACCGGUAUUCGUGACUACGUCUUAAACAAGAAGGAUUACAUCUUGAGUCAAGUUGGUAACCCAGAAGGUGAAGACAAACCAAACAAGAAGUACUUCGACCCAAGAGUCUGGGUCAGAGAAGGUGAAAAGACCAUGUCUGCUAGAAUCACCGAAGCUUUGGACAUCUUCCACACCAAGAACACCGUCUAA